GUCCAUUAAAAUAGCAUUAGGUGUAAAAUUAAAGUUGGGCUUCGUAAACGGGAAAUGUGAGAAACCAGAUAGUGAAUCUAAAAAUUUUGAUCAAUGGAAUAGGGUGGAUUGUAUGGUUAGAUCUUGGACUUUAAAUUCAAUCUCGAAGGAAAUUGUGGAAGCAUUUAUUUUCACGACAUCAGCCAAGGAGUUAUGGGAUGAAUUAAACGAGAGAUAUGGUGAAUGCAAUGGGCCAUUACUUUACCAGUUGCAGAGAGAGAUCAGUAGCAUGACACAAGGAUCAAUGACAGUGGAGAAAUAUUUCACCAAUCUUAAAAAAUUAUGGGAUGAAAUAGCAUGUCUUAUGCCAUCACCAGUUUGCACUUGUGGAGCUGCGAAGGAAGUCUCAGAUUCAGCUUCUUUCAAUAAACUUAUGCAAUUUCUGAUGGGGCUGAAUGAUACAUAUGACAAUGUCAGAAAUCAAGUUCUUGUGAUGGAGCCUUUACCCUCAGUGAAUAGAGCCUAUUCUAUGGUUCUAAGGGUGAAGAAACAAAGAGAAGUGCAUAUGUUGUAUCCUGAAAUCAAUGAUAAUACUGCGAUGAUGAUUAGAGGAGCUAAUGCUAGAAAUGAUGGACGUGGAAGAAAUGGAUCUGGAAGAGGGAAUUGGACCGGUAGAUCUACUUUUGGUAGAGGAAACCAUGCUGUAGGAAGGAGAAUUAACAGAAGAUAUGACAAUUUUGAUAAGGAAUUAAUGUACUGUGACCACUGCGGUAUGAGUGGACAUUCAAAGGAAGGAUGUUUUAGACUUAUUGGAUUUCCGGAUUGGUACAAGAAAGAUCAAAGAACAAAGGAUCCUAGCUGGAGAAAUACUUCAAAUAAUGUGGUGAAAAUAGAUAAUUCACCACUCGAUUUUGAUAAUGAUUUUGCUGCUGUGACUACAAAGGAUACAUCAUCCUCUUCUGAUAUUGCUGCCAUUGUUCAGCAAGAAUUGAUGAAAAUUCUGAAAGGAAAGAAGCUCAAUGAUAAUGAAGAUCAAGUGAAUUUUGCAUAUCUCAGGGAUUAUUCUGGUAUGUACACUCAACAUUUUGUUUUUACUUCACUUGAUGAACUGGAAUAUGGAACUUGGAUUAUUGACACUAGUGCCAAUAAUCACAUAUGCACAAAUUCAUCACAAAUGACCAACUUAAAACCAGUCACACAGCCUACCUCUGUGUUGUUACCUGAUGGUUCUGUCAAAGCUGUCAAACACAUUGGAACCGUUACUAUAAACCACAAAAUCACUUUGACUGAUGUUCUUCACGACCUGAAGAGUGAUAGGACAUUGGUAGUUGGAAAACUGAAAGGAAAGUUAUACACACUUGAUGACCAUAGUUUCCUGAGUAGUGGAGUAGGAAAUUGUUAUAGGAGAAUGAACAUCUGUAAUCUUCUAUCUGCUGAGAAUUCAAAUUCCAGAAAUAAAAUUCCUUUUAAUGAUAAUGCUUCUCUCUUUACUCUUGUUGAUUGGCAUAUUAAACUUGGUCAUGCUUCAUUUCAAUGCUUACAACAUCUUAGCUUCCUUAAACACCUUUGCAAUGCUUCUAACAUUAAGAAUGUUGAACCACAACAUGACCUAACUGGAACACCUUUUAUGCUUACCAUUGUGGAUGACUAUAGUAGAGGCACAUGGACCUUCAUGCUU